AUGCCUUCUUUCACCAUCGAAGCGGAGGGGGAAACGAACCCGCUCACGAGAGAUGCUGUUAUAUCAACCCUCACAAACGCGUCACAUCCCACGGCUCAGAGCUUGAAGACAGCGACGCAACAGAUAGGCAACUGGGAAAAGUCCGCGGGCUAUUAUGCCCUUCUCCAGGGUGUCUACUCCGACUUCUCCCUUGGCCAAGAAGUCCGCUUCCAAGCCAUCAUUCAACUCAAAAACGGCAUCGACAAGCACUGGCGGAAAACGGCAAUCAACCCCAUCACCAAGGCUGAGAAAGAGCAAAUCAAGUCAAGAUCGAUCGAUGCAGGUGUCCGUGAACCUGUCUCUGCACUCGCUCUCCAGAAUGCCUUGAUGUUGGCGAAAAUCGUUAGGUACGAAUUCCCACAUGACUGGCCGGAUGUCAUCAGUGUGAUAAUUCAGCACCUUCGAGCCGCGGGUCAAGAACCCAGCAAUUCUCUGUACAUAUCCAACAUCUUGACUAUCACCCUGCAAAUCAUCAAAGAACUGGCUUCAGCACGAUUACAGCGCACGAAGAGGAGCCUUCAAGAUGUCUCAUCGGAGCUUCUUCAGGUUCUUGGCAGUCUCUACAUCAGCUUGGUGGGAAGGUGGCAGUCCAAUCAGUCCGAUAUGUCUAGCAUAGUCAGCAGCCAUUCCGCACUCAAGACUCUACGUCGCCUGGUGAUCGCAGGCUUUGAGCGACCCCAUCGCGAAGAUGCCGUCAAACAGUUCUGGGACCUGCUGCAGACGCAACAACAGUCCUUCUGGGCAGCUUACACACAAGAUGUUUCCGAGGAGAUGCGAGGCAUGCUGCUGAAGCACCUGCUCCAGUUAUCGAAGCUAUACCUUGACACGGCUCGGAAUCAUCCAGCAUCCUUUGUCUUACUCGGCUGCAUGGACAUUCUGAACCGCUCUUGGACUAUCAUCAGUCAAGGCUAUGCCAAGCAGCCACUUCUGCAAGGCAACUUCGACUGGAAGGUAUAUCGCAACGGUGAUAGGAAUGAGGAGUCACCCAUCGAGAAGCUCUGCCUGAAGGGCCUAUUACUGUUCCGGGCUUGCCUGAAAAUGGUUUUCAAUCCAGUGCAGACCUUCAAAUACGUCACUCCCGAGGACAAGAACGACAGAAAAGAUGCCGUCGAGUACAUCAAGAAUACCGUCCUUACCCAAGACUUCGUCAUUCGAUUGAUGGAACUACUGGUCACGCAGUAUUUUGUACUUCGUCCUUCGGACCUACGAGAGUGGGAGGAAGAACCAGAUGAGUGGGAACGACGGGAAGAAGAGAUCACAGAUGCGUGGGAGUUCUCGAUUCGCUCAUGUUCGGAGAAGCUGUUUCUGGACUUGGUCAUCAAUUUCAAGGAGCUACUUGUACCGCGGUUACUCGAGGUCUUCCAGCGCUACGCCACCAUUUCCAACACCGAUGUCCUCCUCAAGGACAGUCUGUACUCUGCCAUCGGUAUCGCCGCCGCUUGCUUGGAGGAUGUCCUCGAUUUCAACACCUUCCUUCGAACCACCCUAGUCCCUGAAGUCCAAAUGAAUGAACCGAAUUACAACCUCUUACGCCGAAGAACCGCCAUCCUCUUGGGUCACUGGGUACCCAUCAAACCCGAGACACUGGAUCGACUGGCUGUAUACCAGAUAUUUGCCCAUUUGCUUUCCAGCCGAGAACCGCUUAACGAUCACGUCGUUCGAGUAACAGCAGCCCGUCAACUGCGGCUGAUCCUUGAGCCCUUCGAGUUCAAUUUCGCGGAUUUCCAAACCUACGCCACGCCAUUGCUGGAAAACGUGAUGUCUCUGGUUGCCGACACCGAGCUGUCCGAAACGAAGAUGGCACUCCUGGAGACGGUCCGAGUGGCCGUCACGAGACUUGAAGGACACAUCGAACCGUACGCCCAGGGUAUCAUGUCCAUGCUUCCGCCGCUGUGGGCGGAAUCCGGUGAAGAGCACUUGAUGAAACAGGCCAUCUUGACCAUGAUCACAGCCAUCGUCAACAGCCUCGGCCAGAAGAGCCUCGCCUACCAUGGACCCAUCCUCCCUCUGAUCCACGACUCCAUCCAACCGCAAUCAGAAGCCAUAGUAUACUUGUUGGAGGAGGCUCUCGAGCUAUGGACCGCCAUCAUCCAACAUGCACCUACAGACAGCGCGUCCCCCCACCUAUUAUCCCUAUCUCGCUCGCUCCUCCCACUCCUCGACAUGGGUAGCGACCUGCUGCGCCAAAUUUUUGAGCUUGCCAAAUCGUACACGAUAUUAUCGCCUGCGACCAUUCUGGCACCUGACUUCCUGGCGCCACUUCUCACAAGCCUCAAAUCUCUGCUCGCCGCCCUCUCGACCAGCCGUGCCCGAGACGCCUCUCUCGCGCCCCACGUCCUGGAGAAUCUCGCCGCCACAAUCUCCAUCCCGUCUCUCUGCCCACUAGACCCUCAACAAGCGCUGACCCACCUCCUCGAAUCAAUGCUGCACACAGGCUACCUAGCUGCGCUCCUGCAGCCACUCAAAGAAGCAUACGAAUACCACCAGGACCCGCGUCCCAGCAAGAAACCACCCGAAAUCAUCGGCCCGGGGGAGACCAGUUUAUUCAACCUCUUAGCGCGCAUCGCGCUCCUCUCACCCGACAAAUUCGCCCAAGCCAUCUCCGCGACAGACAUCACAGCUGGCACGUCUUCGCACAACGUCCACCUCCGACCCAUCCAAUGGCUAGUGGCCGAAUGGCUUACCCACAUCGACAGCGUAGGCGACAUCCUGCGCAAAAAGCUGCAAGUCCUCGCCCUGACAGCGCUUCUCGGCGCCACCAUACCGCCCUUCUUCCCGACCAUCAUGCUCGAGAACCUGCAGACCCUGUUCACCAUCUGGACGGACGUCUGCACGGAGCUGGGCUUCGAGGCCGCCGACGACAGCCAGGGCGACUACCUGUUCCACAACCGGCACGGUAGUGGAGGCGACGUGCCUGAGUGGCCGGACGCGACGCCCGAGGAUGGCCGCAAGAGGAUCGUCAGUAACAAUGACCCGAUUUACAAUGUGAAUGUGCGCGCUUUCGUUGCCGAGCAGCUAAGGGGCAUUGUCGGCAGGGUCGGUGGCGAACAGGCUUUUCAGGCGGAGUGGCUGGGCAGGAUUGACGAUGCGGUCGUCAAGGCUUUUGUGGAGUUGAAGUUGUUGUAG